GCUUCUGGACGCCGUGCAGUACGGACGCAGAAUGGAGGGCUCCUCGAGAGCUGCGAAAGCGGCCGACGUUGGCCGUGGUACCCCGUGUUCUGCGUUGCCCAAGGAUUACCGUGUCAUCUUGCCUCCAUUACCAACAGGUGAAGGACAAAGGCGCGCAGUUGUAUUGCACUGCGACGUCACUGGACGGCCUUAUAGAAUCGACGACUUCCGGAAGCCCUUGAAGGAUGCUGGAGUAAUUCAGCAAGUAGGUGGAAUUGGCGCCUACCAAAUGUCGCACGUGUGGCUGCUGAACAUGAAGACAGAUGAGGCAAAGCAGACGCUGCUAGACGCCGGACCACUACUGGUGAAGAACCGGCCAUGCCUCGUCAUUGAUCCAGCGAGGCAAGAACUCAGGAUUAAGCUACAUUGGGUCGCGUUCGACGUCACCUCUGAGAUCAUUCGACGAGCCUUCCGAGAGUAUGGCGAGAUAAAGGAAGUCAUCAGUGAUCGGUGGAAGGCCGAGGACUUUGAGGGCGCCGAGUCAACGACUCGUCUGGUGCGUCUUCUGCUGCGCGAUGGUGUCACACCAGACCGCAUCCCACAUCAGAUGCGUCUUGGUAGCGGCACUGCGCUAGUGGUUGUGCCUGGACGUGCCCCGUUAUGCCUUCGUUGUCACAACACUGGACACAUACGACGUGAAUGCCGAGUGCCCAGGUGCGCUGCCUGCCGAGCGUUCGGGCACGAGCAGGCUAAUUGUACUCGCUCGUACGCCAGAGUUGCAAGCGUAGGCGGUGAAGCAGACCGGAGCGAGAUGCUCAUGGACGAAGAGGAAGCGGAGAGCGUGGCUGGGAUGGUGGCGUCUAUCAGCGACGCGGCCGCAGUGGCGGCGUCCACCAGCUCAGCAGGUUCGCAAGAGAACAAGGCUGCAGACGCUCGGGCAGCAGACGCCACUCUGGAAGACGCUUCGACAGGAAAGUACGAAGAAGGUUCGGCAGAGCGCCCUUCUGGAACCCACUCUUUAGGAAAGCAGCUGCCACUAAGUGCGUCCGGGAGUGGUGAGAAAACAGCUGAACUCAAGACCGCAGUAAGCGAGGUCGUUGCGACGCUCGAAGACAGUGAUUCGACGGAUGAGGCUGCGAUGGACGCCGAGGCAACACCUACGAAACGCCGUCUCGGCAAAGCAAGCACGGCUUCUCAAGACACCCGGCUACGAGCAACGGAGAGGCGGGGGACCGAGCCUGGAACCAAAAAGCCUCGGGUGGCCACCAGCCAUCAGCGGUCGGCGUCGCUUACACGCGGCGGCGGCAAGUCGACGCCCUGAGCGUCGACUGGACUGUGUGUUGCUACAAGGCAAGGUCUGUGAGGGGAGCGCCGUAGGCUCGGUCUGGUGUCACUCGCCAAUAUGGAGUCCUUAGAGAGGUCGAUAAAUAUUGCAACACUUAACGUCCGAGGGCUUAGUGCCAAGAGGCGGCAAAACCAACUUUACCGCCUCGUAACGGAGCACGAUUUUGAUAUUGUAGCCAUUCAGGAGACCAAAGUAGAGAGAGAGGAUCAGACAGAGCGUAUGGUGCGUCCUUUCACGAGACGCUAUAACGUGUGUGUUGCCCAUGCGGUGGGGAGGUCUUCGGGGUGCAUUUUGUUAAUUCGGCAGAGUCUUGGUGCUGUAGUGCAGUCAGUGACUACCUGUGAGUCUGGCCGUUUCAUUAUAUCUGACUUUUCCCUGUCAACAGAAAAUUGGCGAGUAAUUUGUCUUUAUGCACCAACUCAGGCUCAAGAGCGAAAGCUUUUUUUUGAAGAAAUGGAGACGUACUUGAAAUGCGAGCGUAGACUAAUCCUGGCGGGAGAUUUCAAUUGUGUCUGUACGGAACGUGACAAAACCAGUGGGAAACACAAUGAUGCAAGUACUGCUGUAUUGAAAGAUUUGAUUGCGGAAUUUAAUCUAGAAGACGUGGGUGAAUGUCUUUGCGGUGGAAAAGCGGUCCUCUUUACCCACUUUCAGGGUGCGAGCCAUGCUAGACUUGAUAGAGUGUACGUGUCGGCUGAACUAAUUCAGUCGUGUCGAGAUUAUCGAGUCACACCUGUUGCAUUUAGUGAUCAUUGUUUGGUUUCUUUCCGUGUUGGAAAGGAAAAAACAAAUAGCAAAGAAUUUUCCUGGGAUCUUUGGAAAUUUAAUGCAAACUUGCUGAAAGACGACGAGUUUUGUGAGCAGUUUCGCAAGGCUAUAGAUAAAACAACAACUCAAAACUUAGAUAGUUGGGGACAUAAAUGGGAAGUUUGUAAGCAAACAAUUAAAUUGAAAGCACUUGAAAGGGCCAGUGUUUUAAGUCACGCGAAAAAAGAA